UCUCAGAGCACCAGCCAGUUUUCCUGAUCCCUGUUGCUUCCAUCCCAGCCCUGCUCCCUCCUUCCCUGCCCAAGCUCCCCCCUCACUCCACAGCCCAGGAUAAGUGACAGCUCCAGGGAGGACAGCAGAGGAGCUGCAGGAUGGACAAGAAAAACAAAAUGCAAGCAGAGAAGCACCUCACGGGAACCCUGGUCCUCUCUGUCUUCGCUGCAGUUUUGGGAUUCUUCCAGUAUGGCUACAGCCUGGGUGUCAUUAAUGCCCCACAGAAGGUGAUAGAAGCCCACUAUGGGCGUGUGUUGGGCAUCGCCCCCCCGGACAGAUUUCCCACCAGCGCCUCUGAGGAGGAUGGCACUGUCCCUGUCACAGAGCCCUGGGUCAGCACUGAGGCCACGCUGGCACCCGAAGAUGACCCUGGUGAGGACCUUGGCACCUCCUCACACAUCCUCACCAUGUACUGGUCCCUCUCUGUCUCCAUGUUUGCUGUUGGUGGCAUGGUCUCCUCCUUCACCGUGGGCUGGAUUGGUGACCGGCUGGGGAGGGUGAAAGCCAUGCUGGUGGUCAACAUCCUCUCCAUCAUCGGGAACCUCCUCAUGGGGCUGGCAAAAUUUGGGCCAUCUCACAUGCUGAUCAUCGCUGGGAGAGCAGUCACGGGGCUGUACUGUGGGCUCUCCUCUGGACUUGUGCCCAUGUAUGUCAGUGAGGUCUCUCCCACGGCCCUUCGAGGAGCACUGGGGACCCUGCACCAGCUUGCUAUUGUCACAGGGAUCCUCAUCAGCCAGGUCCUCGGACUGGACUUUCUCCUGGGCAAUGAUGAGAUGUGGCCCCUGCUCCUUGGUUUGUCUGGUGUGGCUGCUCUCCUGCAGUUCUUCCUCCUCUUACUCUGCCCUGAGAGCCCCCGAUACCUUUACAUCAAACUGGGCAAGGUGGAAGAAGCUAAAAAAAGUUUGAAAAGGCUCAGAGGAAACUGUGACCCGAUGAAAGAGAUUGCUGAGAUGGAAAAGGAAAAGCAGGAAGCUGCUAGUGAAAAGAAAGUCUCCAUAAGACAGCUUUUCACCUCUUCAAAGUACAAGCAGGCUGUCAUCGUGGCACUGAUGGUGCAGAUAUCUCAGCAGUUCUCAGGAAUCAACGCAAUCUUUUACUACUCUACAAACAUUUUUGAGAGAGCUGGAGUUGACCAGCCAGUUUAUGCAACCAUUGGUGUUGGAGUGGUGAACACAGUCUUCACAGUUAUCUCGGUGUUUCUGGUGGAGAAGGCAGGCAGGAGGUCCCUGUUCCUGGCAGGGUUGAUGGGCAUGUUAAUAAGUGCUGUGGCCAUGACAGUGGGACUGGCACUCCUGAGUAAGUUUGCCUGGAUGAGCUACGUCAGCAUGAUCGCCAUCUUCCUCUUCGUCAUCUUCUUCGAAGUGGGGCCUGGGCCCAUCCCCUGGUUCAUCGUGGCCGAACUCUUCAGCCAAGGCCCUCGUCCCGCCGCCAUCGCCACCGCCGGCUUCUGCAACUGGGCCUGCAACUUCAUCGUGGGGAUGUGCUUCCAGUACAUAGCGGAUCUGUGUGGACCCUACGUCUUCGUGAUCUUCGCAGCCCUGCUUCUCAUCUUCUUUCUCUUUGCCUACUUCAAAGUCCCGGAGACCAAAGGCAAAUCCUUUGAGGAGAUCGCAGCCGUGUUCCGCCGCAGGAAGCUCCCGACCAAAGCCAUGACAGAGCUGGAAGACCUACGUGGCAGAGAGGACGCAUAGACAUUGCCACGCACCCAGCAAGGAGGAACUGAGCCUGGACCUCCUGCAGGCACCAUGGGAAGAACGUUGGGCAAAAGUCUCAUUUCACAAAAACCUUGCAGCUGGCAGACCAGGAGGUGCCAUCCAUUGGGUGCCUUCUGCCUCUCUGCUACAGAUGCUAACCUGGUGUCUUAAUCUGAAAUAGUUGGUACAACUGGGCUGCAGAAAGAGCUGGGGGAAGGAGGGGAGGAAUAUGUCUUGUGUGCGUGUCUCCAUGCCCCACUGGAAGAGCCCAGUGUGUCCAUGAUCUCACUAGCUGGCAAAGCAUUACAUUGAGCAGGGCCAUCACUCAGCUGGAAUGAAGGAAAGGGGGGGUUGAGUGAUGCUGUUGCCUCACAUUUUCACUUUUUUUAUCCCAUGCUUGUUGCUUCCUUCUGCUGAGGGAUCCGAUGCCUUGAGAAACCAACUGCUGGUGCAGUGUGCCAGCAGCACAUGGCACUGGCCACCCGAGGUGCUAAGGAAAAGAGACUGAGCAGAUGCCCCCUUACUCUUCCCUGUGCAGAGGAAGAAGAUGGAUCCCACCUGGAUCGGUCAGGAUGCACCCUGCUUGCUUUUCUAGCCAUGCAUUGUGGAAAUGCUGCCCAAUCCCAUAAGGAUUUCUCAAGUCAUUACAUUUUUUAGGAGAAUCAUAGAAACUCUGGCUGUGCUGAUGUGCCUUUUUUUUUCUUUUGCUUCAGCCAGACCAUUCACCUUCUCUUUCCUCCUAGGAAGCCUUUCUUCCCUCCUUGAUCCCUGCUGCACAUCACUGACCACAUAACAGGCUCAGGCACUCCCAGCCCUCAGGUCAGGAGUCCUGCUGCCAUCCCUCCCAUGAUGUGGCCACCACCAGGUCACCUCUUCUCCCUGCCCCUCCUUCCCACCCUCUGUGUCUGCCUUCCCCUUCCUUUUGUAGAGUGCUUGGACCCACAGCUCCAGUUUAGCUGAGGCACUGGGCUGCCCUCACCCAUGAAAACUCAUGAAAACCUGAAGGGGAAAUGGGUGUCAUGGCAUUAACUGGAAGGUGCUCCCCUGAUCUCACCCUGCCUUUGUUUGAGUGGCUGGAUGUUCUUCAGCCAAGACAGCAUGCAAACAGAAGGCUGGGUUGUUUCUCUAACCUUGUUUGCACUCUUUUUGCUUCUUUAUGAGGUAUUUCUGUGUGGCCAAACCAAACCGCACGGAUUUUUCUUCCUUUUUUGGGGGAUAUGUUGGAAUCGUUGUGAAAGCCUGCUCUGUGUCUGCUUGACUUUGAAGAUUUACAUGUUCCUUGCUGUGCUACCAGGCUACUUUCUAGCAGCUUUCCCAGGAUAGGAACCCAUUAUUUAUGUAGAGAUGAAACACCAGCAUUGCUUGGUCACUGUGCCACCUCUGCCAGUGAAGCAGUGACCAUAAUGGAACAGAGGAUGAAACUCAAGGAAAAGCUUAGAUGAUGGCCCAAGGAGGGUGAUAGGCUGCUGCUGGAGGUUUGGUUUUAGGGAAGGUUCAUGCUCCUUUCCAUGUGCCUGAAAUCCUUUCAUUUGUAAACAUUUUUUUUCUUUUCUUAUUAAGACCCUAAAGUAAGUUCUGGUCCUUUCCAAGUAAUUGGAAGUGCAGGUGUGAAGUCCACUGGGACACACUUCUGGCCCUGCUCUGUGCACUGAAGCCAUGAGACUGCACCAAAGGCUUUCCUGGAGUGUUUGUUGGGGUUUAAUUAGAGAAGAACUCGAUGGGUGUUGUCAUGUGUUACAGCAGUGGAGGACCUGGAGGUGACACAGGGCACACAGCAUGUGUGGAACCAGGGUCCUGGCCACCAUGCACAGAAGACAGCAGCAGAGCUGGGGUGCAGGUUCUGCUUGGAACCAUCAGAAUGUGUGCUGCAAACAGAUCUCCUCACACAAGAGUAAGUACAGCAGGCUCAGAGGCUCUGCAGAGUGUCUGCUGCAGUCAGUUAAAUAUUAGAAUUGUGUGAAUGUAAAA